AUGCAGUUCUCUCACGCUCUGAUUGCCCUCGUUGCCGCCAGCCUGGCCAACGCUCAGCUCCCCGAUGUCCCCUCGUGCUCGCUCAACUGCUUCGUCACCGCUCUGACCACUGAUGGUUGCAGCGCGUUGACCGACUUUGCCUGCCAUUGCCAGAAGACCUCGUUGGUCAGCAGCAUCACUCCUUGCGUCCAGAAGGCCUGUGAGGUCGCCGACCAGAUCUCCGUCUCCAACGCCGUCGUCGCCCAGUGCUCUUCCGCCGGCCACCCCAUCUCCGUUCCUCCCAUCGAGACCGCCACCUCGGAGAGCUCUACCACCUCCAAGAGCUCUGCCACCGAGACCAGCUCUGGCUCUGAGACCACUGCCACUAGCUCGGACUCUUCCAGCGCCUCGAGCUCUGCCUCUGGCUCCAGCUCUGCCACUGGUGGUGCCACCACCCCUGCUGCCACCCCCUCCGGCUCCGGAGCUGCUGGCUCUACCCCGGCUGGAACUUCCACCCCUCUGGCCACUGGCACCAAGACCAGCGGUGGAUCCGGCGGCUCUGGCGCUGCCACCACCUCCCCCGCUUUCAACGGUGCCGCCGGCGUCAAGGGUAACAUGGCUGGUGUUGCUGCCAUUGCUGCUGCCGCUGCCUACAUCCUGUAA